GUCUUCUCCUUUCUUCAGAUUCUGAUGCACACCAAAGACAUGGUUCAGAAGAUGAAUCUGGAAGUCAUCUAUGGAGAUACUGACUCCAUCAUGAUCAACACCAACAGCAAGUCUCUGGAGGAGGUCUUCAAACUCGGCAAUAAGGUGAAGGCAGAGGUAAACAAGCUGUACAAACUGCUGGAGAUCGACAUUGACGGCGUGUUCAAGUCACUUUUACUGCUGAAGAAGAAGAAAUAUGCAGCCCUGGUAGUGGAGCAUCACGGGGAAGGGAGAUACAGCGUCAAGCAGGAGCUCAAAGGCUUGGACAUUGUCCGCAGAGAUUGGUGUGAUCUGGCCAAGGAAUGUGGCAACUAUGUGAUUGGUCAGAUUUUGUCUGACCAGAGUCGCGAUGUGAUUGUGGAGAACAUCCAGAAACACCUGGUGGAUGUGGGAGAGAAGGUAGCUGAUGGAGCCAUACCACUCAACAAGUAUGAGAUACACAAGGCACUGACAAAGGAUCCUCAGGACUAUCCAGAUAAGAAGAGUCUCCCUCAUGUCCACGUGGCUCUGUGGAUCAACUCUCAGGGUGGCCGUAGGGUCAAAGCUGGAGAUACAAUCUCUUACCUCAUCUGCAAGGACGGCUCAACGCUGGCAGCCAGUCAGAGAGCUUACGCUCUAGAGCAGCUUCAGAAGCAGGAGGGUCUCACUCUGGAUGCACAGUACUAUCUGGCCCAGCAGAUCCACCCUGUGGUGUCUCGCAUCUGUGACCCCAUCGAGGGCAUUGACGGUGUGCUCAUAGCCACAUGGCUGGGUCUGGACCCGAGUCAGUUCAGAGCUCAGCAACAGCACCAGAGGGAGGAGGAGGCUGAUGGCAUGCUGGGAGCACCCGUCCAGCUGACUGAUGAGGAGCGCUAUAAAGACUGUGAGAGGUUUACUUUCACCUGUCCUCAGUGUGGCACUGACAACAUCUACGACAGCGUCUUCGAAGGAGCUGGUCUGAAGUUGGAGCCCAGUUUGAUGCGAUGCUGUCACAUCCCCUGUGGAGGUUCCCCCCUUGACUAUUCCGUCAACAUCAGCAACAAACUUCAACUUGACAUCCGUCGUCACAUCAAAAAAUACUACUCUGGCUGGUUGGUGUGCGAGGAUCAGGCCUGUCAGAACAGGACCAGACGUUUGCCCAUCGCCUUCUCCCGACAUGGACCCAUCUGCCCUGCUUGUGCCAGAGCAACACUUCGACCAGAGUACUCUGAGAAGGCCCUGUACAACCAGCUCUGCUUCUACAAGUUCAUCUUUGACUGGGACUACGCAGCUGCCAAAGUGCUACAAGCUGAUGAGAGACCUCGUGUUAACCGGAUGGCCAAAGAAAAAGAUGUGUACCGGAGGCUAAAGGAAGUGCCGGAGAAAGCCUUGGCCACCAGUGGCUACUCGGAGAUUAACCUGGCCAAACUCUUCCAGGCUUUCUCCUCGCUCAAGUAAAACAACACACGCACAUCUGUAACGACAACACCGCCAAGAGGCUCCGACAUCUUGACUCAAAACUGGACAUUCGCACGUUCACCUGCAGUUUUUCUUUUGGUUUCCAAAUACAGCACGGUUGGUGAAUCACCCUCACAUCAUCAUCUUUAAACCUGUUGGUCUCGUUUUAUAGCAGCUUAGAUGUUCACCGUUCCCUGGUUUCUUCACACACAUAUUCGCACACUCUCACGACUUGACCUCAUCACCCUGACUCUGUAUGGUAAAGGGGAGUAGCAAUCAUACCUAAAUGACAGUCUAUUGUGUGUGCGGAGGCUAGCUGAGCCCUGAUGUGUGUAAGUGUAAGGAUGACUUAUCCUCAGAGCAGCCAGUAUACUCCAUAAGCCACUAAUUAGCCAAUGAUAGUGACCCGGGCCACUAAGACCACUGGAUGCCUGCAGCGAUCGGACACUUGUUCUGAUUACCACCAUUCAUACUGUGUGUGUGUGAGUGUGUGUGUGUGUGUGUGUGUGAGAGAUCAGUGGAUGAAAGAAAGGUGUAAGGAGGAUGCGGGCAGUGAUGGGGUGAGGGAGGCCACACGCGCUGCUCCCUCACUCUUUUGUCCCAAUAUCGAACAGCUGAUCUCCUUCUCCUCCGGUGCCUCUGUUUAACUGAUGUCAUUUCAUCCCUUUCACUUCUUCUUUUUUUCUUUCCUCUACCCCCCUUUUAAACCCUUCCUCCCCCCCUGUGCAAAUUGUGUUUUAAAGCAUGUAAUUUUCUAUGUAAUCUGAGUAGUAUUUCUCAGAAGGGUCUGUGUCAUUUUUUCUUCUUCUCUUGUAAUGACCAGAAUAUUUCGUAUUUUGAUAUCGAUGAGAGUGUUUUUGAUACUGAAAACCUUAAUAAAUAAAGCUAAAUGGGUAAGAAGUUAA